GCUGGAGCCGGGCGGGAGCGCGCGCGGGGGAGGGGCGGCGGGUCAGUCUCCGCCGGGCGCUCCGGGGAUCAGCUGGUGGGCGGGCGGGUGCCCGACGCGGCCCCGGCUCUCGCUGCAGCGCCGCCUCCUUUCGCCGACGCAGGCCGCCCCGCGCCGUGACAAUGUUGCGGGGCUGGUAGCUGGGCGCCCGCCGUCGAGCCAUCUCAAGUUUAAACUUAUACGAAUCAUUCUCUAGAGGAGGAGGGGACGGACCGCCGCGCGAUUGACACGCAUAUUCCUAUAGGCAUCCUCCCUCAGCCCCCACCCCCACGGCCGGAUUCGGGUGGCUCCUCUCCGAGCUGAAAUCCGAGAAGAAAUCCUUGGAUCUCUUGUUUUCUUUUUUAAAAAAAGAAAAAAACAAAACAAACCUAGAAGCUGUCGGUGUUUUGUUUUACUGCUUCCUAUUCGCAAGAUGAAGAAGUUUUUCGACUCCCGGCGAGAGCAGGGCGGCUCUGGCCUGGGCUCCGGCUCCAGCGGAGGAGGGGGCAGCACCUCGGGCCUGGGCAGUGGCUACAUCGGAAGGGUCUUUGGCAUUGGGCGACAGCAGGUCACGGUGGACGAGGUGUUGGCGGAAGGUGGAUUUGCUAUCGUGUUUCUAGUAAGGACAAGCAAUGGAAUGAAAUGUGCCUUGAAACGCAUGUUUGUCAACAAUGAGUAUGAUCUCCAAGUGUGCAAGCGAGAAAUCCAGAUAAUGAGGGACUUGUCGGGACACAAGAACAUUGUGGGUUACAUUGAUUCUAGUAUCAACAAUGUGAGUAGUGGUGAUGUAUGGGAAGUGCUCAUUCUGAUGGACUUCUGUAGGGGAGGCCAGGUGGUCAACCUGAUGAACCAACGCCUGCAAACAGGUUUUACAGAGAACGAAGUGCUCCAGAUAUUUUGUGACACCUGUGAAGCUGUUGCCCGCCUCCAUCAGUGCAAAACUCCUAUUAUUCACCGUGACCUGAAGGUUGAAAAUAUCCUCUUGCAUGACCGAGGCCACUACGUCUUGUGUGACUUUGGAAGCGCCACCAACAAAUUCCAGAAUCCACAAACUGAAGGAGUGAAUGCAGUAGAAGAUGAGAUUAAGAAAUACACAACGCUGUCCUAUCGAGCACCAGAAAUGGUCAACCUGUACAGUGGCAAAAUCAUCACUACGAAGGCAGACAUUUGGGCUCUUGGAUGUUUAUUGUAUAAAUUAUGCUACUUCACUUUGCCAUUUGGGGAGAGUCAAGUGGCAAUAUGUGAUGGAAACUUCACAAUUCCUGAUAACUCUCGAUAUUCCCAAGACAUGCACUGCUUAAUUAGGUAUAUGUUGGAACCAGACCCUGACAAAAGGCCGGAUAUUUACCAGGUCUCCUACUUCUCAUUUAAACUACUCAAGAAAGAAUGCCCGAUUCCAAAUGUUCAGAACUCUCCCAUUCCUACAAAGCUUCCUGAGCCAGUGAAAGCCAGCGAGGCAGCUGCAAAGAAGACCCAGCCAAAGGCCAGACUGACAGAUCCCAUUCCCACCACAGAGACUUCCAUUGCACCCCGCCAGAGGCCUAAAGCUGGGCAGACUCAGCCAAACCCAGGAAUUCUUCCCAUCCAGCCAGCCCUGACACCUCGAAAGAGGGCCACGGUUCAGCCCCCACCUCAGGCUGCAGGACCCAUCAAUCAGCCUGGUCUUUUAGCCAGUGUUCCCCAAUCAAAAACUCAGCCCCCAGCCAGCCAACCUCUACCACAAUCCCAGCCCAAGCAGCCACAGGCUCCACCCACCCCACAACAGACGCCUUCCACUCCUGCCCAGGGUCUGCCCACUCAGGCCCAGGCCACACCCCAGCACCAGCAGCAACUCCUCCUCAAGCAGCAACAGCAGCAGCAGCAGCAGCCGCCACCACCACCAUCACAGCAGCCAGCAGGCACAUUUUACCAGCAGCAGCAGCAGCCACAGACACAGGCUCAACAGUUUCAGGCAGUACACCCAGCAACCCAGCAACCAGCAGUUGCCCAGUUCCCUGUGGUGUCUCAAGGAAGCUCUCAACAGCAGCUGAUACAGAACUUUUACCAGCAGCAGCAGCAGCAGCAGCAGCAGCAGCAACAGCAGCUGGCCACAAACCUGCAUCAGCAACAGCUGCUGACUCAGCAGGCCGCUGUGCAGCAGAAGCCUACUGUUGCAGCAGUUCAGCAGCCCCAGGCUCAGCCAGCUGCAGCCCCGCAGCAGUCCCCUGCCCAGGAGCCAACGCAGAUACAAGCCCCGGUAAGACAACAGCCAACGGUUCAGACAACCCCACCUCCUACCGUCCAGGGACAGAAACUUGGAUCUCUCACUCCUCCAUCAUCCCCCAAGACCCAACGUGCUGGACACAGGCGGAUUCUCAGUGACGUAACCCACAGUGCAGUCUUUGGGGUCCCUGCCAGCAAAUCAACCCAGCUGCUCCAGGCAGCUGCAGCUGAGGCCAGUCUCAAUAAGUCCAAGUCUGCAACCACCACUCCAUCAGGCUCUCCUCGGACUUCCCAGCAAAACGUUUAUAAUCCUUCAGAAGGUUCUACGUGGAAUCCCUUUGAUGAUGACAAUUUCUCCAAACUCACAGCUGAAGAACUGCUAAAUAAGGACUUUGCCAAGCUGGGGGAAGGCAAACAUCCUGAGAAGCUUGGAGGCUCAGCUGAGAGUUUGAUCCCAGGCUUUCAAUCAACCCAAAGUGAUGCUUUUACCACUUCUUCGUUUUCUGCUGGAAAUGCUGAAAAAAGGAAGGGUGGGCAGACUGUGGAUUCUAGCCUCCCACUUCUAAGCGUAUCUGAUCCUUUCAUUCCUCUUCAAGUACCUGAUGCACCAGGUCUCCAGAGAGAGCCCAAUCCCUGUCCUGUAAUAACUGUAGAGCACUUUAAAGAGUCAACGGGCGUGAAAGGCCUUCCCCUGUAUCCAGACCCCUCCAGAGUACCUGACACAAAAACACAGAACAAUUUAGAAUCUGACUACUUGGCCAGAGAUGGCCCUUCAAGCAACAGCUCAUUCCACAGCAGCGAGGAGGAAGGGACUGACCUUGAGGGGGACAUGCUAGACUGCAGUGGGUCUCGACCUCUCCUCAUGGAAUCUGAAGACGAGGAUGAGAGCUGCAAGCCUCUGCAGGGGAAGCUGGCGGGAGCCAUUCCAUUCGCUCAGCCAGAAGUCUCUACUGAGCAAGCAAAGGCAGUGCCAGGUGGAAAAAAGAACCAGUUUCAAGCCCCCGCACAACCAACCACUGAUGGUGUUGGUGAGCCAGAUGUUUUUGCCACAGCCCCCUUUAGGAGCUCAAGGGUUCCAGCUGACGAAACGGACAUUUUCUCCAAAGCCCCUUUUGUCUUCAAGGGCAGUGUGGCUCCUUCCCAGCCAGAGGAGGCGGAUGUGUUCUUAAGAGCUCCUUUUACCAAGAAGAAAAGCAUGGAGGAGUUAACAGUUGCCCAGAGCACCUCCCAGGAGUUGCCCACACAGGCUGGUCUUCUCAGUCAGACAGACGAGGUCGCUCAGCUCUCAGGCCCUGACAGAGCGGUGUACUCCUCGGUCCGAUCUCAGUAUUCCAUGGCUGGUUUGGCCCAACAAUCCAACCUCCCCUCCCAUUCUGUACAAGCAGCAGACCAUCCUGACAGCAUCUCACCCAGGGGAGCCUCCCUGGAAUCUGGGGGCCAUCUUAACGACCGAAACAAAGGACUUCAGCCUCAGAAAGAAGCUGCCUCGGGCCCCAUGGCUGGCAAAUCAUUCCGCCCCCAGUCUUUAUCCAAAUAUUCCCGUCACUAUAGCCCAGAAGAUGAGCCAAGUCCUGAAGCCCAGCCCAUUGCUGCCUACAAAAUUGUUUCGCAAACCAACAGGCAGUCCAUAGCUGGCUCUGUUUCCAUCACAUCCCUUCCUUCCAGGACUACGGAGCUGCCAGCUGCUGAUCCUUUUGCUUUAGCACCCUUCCCUCCAAAAUCGGGCAAGCAGAAACCUUAGGAGCAGUACUUGAGCCUUAGGCCUCUGUGUCUACCCCACCCUCAGUAAACCACCACAUCACUCCCAGCUGAGCCUUCCUAACAAGAAAUAUAUCAGUUAUUAUCUUUCAGUUCCCUGGGUCAGAGGAGGAUGUCAGUCAACAAACUCAGUUGCAAUGAUACUUAGUCAAAACCCCUUUAAGUAUGCUCAUGUCUUUUGUUUAUAUUGAUUUUCUGGACUUUCAGGCUUUUGCAUCUCCAGCUCUACCCAGAACUCGG